UGCUUUGCCUGCGCCCCGGUCUGCGUCGUUGCUCUCGGCCGUUGCUGCCGCCGUGUGAGGGUUCGCGCGAGCCGCAGCAGCCUGGCCCUGCCCCGGUGUCACUGAGGAUGAGCCGCCGCGCUGCCCAGCGCGCGUCCCGCCCCGCUCGCCCCAGCCCGUUCAUCUAGCGACUGGUCUCCCUUGCAAUUAUGGAGUUUUAGAGGAAUAAGAGAGUGUGGAGGGGGAAUCCCCCUCUCCACACUUGAGGUAGUUUGCUUUUGGAAUUUUCUAUGGACAACAGUAUUUGUUAUAUACAAUGGUGAAAUAAGACCUCUAAAAAUAUAUAUUUAUAAGUAUUUAUUUUGAUCAAGUGCCAAACAUAACAGUACAAAGAUUUCUAAUGGCAGCUCAAUAAAACUGGAUUUAAAUUGUUGGAAUUACAAGUUUCUGAAGGCACUGUGUCGUGUACUGAACUGGAGUGCCUUCAUAUACUUGAUGAUUGUUCCCCUUAAGGAGAAGAACAGCUUCAGAAGAGAAGAUGAAUUCUCUCAUGCCAGAGUGCACUUUGAAGUGUCGUUCUCUACAGCAUGCUUUGGAUGUUAUUUCUGUAGUUACCAGAGGAAAUGAAGGCCAGAUCAAGGCUUUUCUCUCUUCUUACUGCUACAAUGCUGCAACUAUAAAGGAUGCCUUUGGUAGAAAUGUUCUUCAUCUUGCUUCAUCUUGUGGCAAAAAAGGUAUACUCGAUUGGCUGGCUGAAACCAAAGGAGUUGAUCUCUUGGCAAAAGACAAAGAGUCUGGAUGGACAGCUUUGCACAGAAGUAUAUUUUAUGGAUACAUUGAUUGUGUUCUGUCAUUACUGAAGCAUGGCGUUAGUCUAUACAUUCAGGAUAAAGAAGGCUUAUCAGCUUUGGAUCUUGUGAUGAAAGACAGGCCAGCUUACGUGGUGUUCAAGAAAACUGAUCCCACAGAAGUCUACACUUGGGGAAACAAUAUUAAUUUUACUUUGGGUCAUGGUGGUCAACAGAGUAAACAUCAUCCUGAACUGGUGGACCUCUUUCCUCGCAAUGGCGUGUAUAUCAAACAGGUGGUACUCUGCAAAUUCCACUCUGUGUUCCUUUCCCAGAAAGGACAAAUUUAUACGUGUGGCCAUGGACAAGGAGGACGCUUGGGUCAUGGUGAUGAACAAACAUGUUUGGUUCCCAGACUUGUGGAAGGUUUAGCUGGCCAUCAGUGCUCCCAGAUAGCAGCAGCUAAAGAUCAUACUGUUGUUUUAACAGAAGAUGGAUGUGUCUACACCUUUGGUCUGAAUACUUUCCAUCAAUUGGGUAUUCUUCCUCCUCCUUCUAAUUGCAGUGUUCCUAGACAGGUUCAGGCAAAAAACCUGAAAGGUAGAAUGGUGAUUGGAGUGGCUGCAGGCAGAUUCCAUACAGUGCUAUGGACUAAGGAAGCAGUGUAUACCAUGGGUCUGAAUGGCGGCCAACUAGGUUAUCUACUGGACCCUAAUGGAGAAAAAUGUGUAACUGCACCUCGCCAAGUUUCUGCUCUACACCAUAAGGAUAUCUCGGUGUCCUUGGUCUCUGCAUGCGAUGGUGCUACAGUAUGUGUUACUGAAAGAGGAGAUAUUUAUUUACUUGCAGACUAUCAGUGCAAAAAGUUGGCUUCAAAACAACUGAAUCUUAAAAAAGUUCUUGUUAAUGGAGGAUAUUUGGAAUACAAGGUAGAUACCCAGAAUCUUAAGGAAAAUGGGGGUCAGAAGAUUUGCAUUUUAGCACUGGAUGAAGCUGGAAGAGUGUUUUGUUGGAAGUCAUCUAACAAUCCUGUGAAGCAGUGUCGUUGGGUGUAUGGCCGGCAAGUCUUCAUGUCUGAUGUUGCUUUAAAUAAAAAUGAAAUCAUGUUCGUCACACAGGAUGGUGAAGCCUUUACAGGGAGAUGGCUAGAGGAAGGAAGAAGAAACUCGGAAAAGAAAGAACUUGCAUUAAGUCCUCAGAAUUCUUCCUGUGAAGCAUCUUGUCAAUAUGAUACGAACAGUGCAUAUGAAAGAAUUCGACUUCAGAAGCUUACUUUUGUCCACCGAGCUGUUAGUAUUGCUACAGAUCCUAAUGGAUGCAAUUUUGCUGUUUUGCAGUCAGAUCCUAAAACAAGUCUCUAUGAAAUUCCAAGUGUGUCAUUGUCAAGUUUUGGAGAGGAUUUUGGCAAACUGUUAGAUGAAACAGAUGAAAUGGACAACAUCCAUGAUGUGACUUUUCAGAUUGGCUCAAGAACUUACCCUGUGCACAAAUACAUCUUGGCUGUGCGCUCUGACUUCUUCAAGAAGCUGUUUGUUUCCAGUGACAAUCAGCUAGAUGCUUCAGAUAUCUACCGUAAAGAUGAAGAUGCUGUUGGACGUGAUCUUUAUGUAAUAGAGAAGAUUCAUCCAGAUCUGUUUGCAUACCUUCUGCAGUUCAUAUACACUGAUACUUGUGAUCUUUUGACUCAUGGUUACAAACCAAAAAUCAUGCAUAAAGAAAAAUCAGAAGAAUAUCAAGAUACAUUAAUUUCUAACCUGAACAAAAUGAGUUUUGAUGAAGAUGUUAAUGGAAAGGCUGCAUUUGAGAUUUACAGAAAUAAUCAAGUACAAGUUAUAAAUGAAAAACAGAAGAGCAAAUCUAAAAAAGGCAAAGUUGCUGGUGAAGAAGCUAACCUCAUAAAAAUGUUGCAAAGUGUUGCAAAGAAAUUUGGACUCAGCAAUUUAAGUGGAAGAUUGGAUGGAGUCAGGUUAGAGAAUGGAAAGAUAAAUGUCAUCAACAGGAAGAAUGGGAACAAACCAAAGUUGAAUCAGAAGAAAUGUUCAUACCUCUGCGAUGUGACCCUGAAAUCUUUAGAUGGAAAGGAAUUCCCAUGUCAUAAAUGUGUACUUUGUGCAAGACUUGAUUAUUUUCACAGCAUGCUAAGCAGCUCAUGGAUUGAGGCUUCCUGUUGUUCAGCUCUAGAAAUGCCAAUCCAUUCUGAUGUACUACAGAUAGUUGUAGAUUACCUAUAUACAGAUGAAGCUGUUGCAGUAAAAGAUUCUCAAAAUGUGGAAUUUGUAUGUAACGUUCUUGUGGUGGCAGACCAGCUUCUUAUAUCCAGACUCAAAGAAAUCUGUGAAGUGGCCAUUGCAGAAAAACUUACAUUGAAGAAUGCUGCAGAGUUGCUGGAGUUCUCAGCAAUGUAUAAUGCUGAACAGUUAAAGCUGUCAUGCUUGCAGUUCAUAGGACUCAAUAUGGCCGCUUUGCUUGAAGCAAGGACUCUGGAUAUCUUAAGUGAUGAAGUUGUAAAGGACCUUUCUGUUUAUUACAGGAAAAUGAUUCCAGCUAUGGUCAGGAGAGUAAUUACUCCAUAUCUGGAUGGACCUGACAUAAGUUCUUUGGACCCUGAAGAUGGAGAAAACUUUGUUUUUUUAAAAGAAGAAAUGAAUACAGAACAAAAUUCUCAGGAGGCCCUCUUCAAAAGAGCAAAAACUAAGGCAAAAAAGAAGCCACGGAAACGAUCUGACAGCUCUGGAGGGUAUAAUCUAUCUGAUAUCAUUCAGAGUCCAGCCUCUACAGGCUCAGUAAAACUGGAUAAAACUAACUCUGUGGAAUCGCUUCCAGAACUGUUAACAUCUGACUCUGAAGGUAGCUAUGCAGGGUUGAGUAGCCCAAGAGACUUGCAGUCCCCUGACUUCACAAAAGGAUUUCAUCCAGAGAGGACUGAGAUGAAGGACAAACCAUGUAGUCAGGGUAUUAAAGCCUCUAAACCUAUCAAAGAGGUGAAGUCAUGCGAGGGAUCAUCAGCAUUGACACAGUCUGUUCCACAGUCCAUUCCCAGUACCAAAACUGCAAGCUCUCCCAAUUGGGUUGCUACUAGUUUAAGCCCCACCAGCCCUCCUGCUAUGGAUUUAAGAACCAUCAUGGAAAUUGAAGAAAAUAUGCAGAAAUGUGGAACCAUGCCAAAGACAAAUUCAGGCUUUGUUUUCUUCAUUAUGAUGUUUUUCUGUGAGCAUUCAAAAUGCAUCUCUUUUUCUGCUGUCAUCCUGCUUUACCAACUGCAUGUCUUCAUCAUUAGAAAUAUGAAAGAACUGCUAAACUGCAGAAUGGCUUCUCAUGGAAUCAGGCUUUCUCAGAAGCAAAGGAAAAUGAUUGCCCUGGCAGCAAAAGAUAAUGGAUCAGUAACUAACAGCAUGGAGACUGCUCCAAUAAUGAACACACCACCUACACCUACAAAAGUUGCAAAAUUAGGGAAUGCAUGGGCGUCUUCAUUGCAUUAUUCUUUGCCAAAGUCAUUCCGUGAUCUUGUAACAGAAGAAGAAAAAUGUGUGAGUAAUUCACCAGGUACUGGUAUCAAAAGAGCUGUAUGUAAAGGAGUUGAGGAUACACUAAUCCAUAACUCUGCAAGAUGUACAACCAGAAGUAGCCCAGGCCUGGAAGACCAUGUUCUGGAUUCUCCACAGCCAGAAAGUCGUAAUCCUUGGUUAGCAACAUCCCCGACUAGCUCUCCAGUAAUAGCACCUGUCAUGUUUGCAGCUAUUGUAGAGGAAGAGCUCCAGCAAGAAGCCGCUCUUAUUAGGAGCAGAGAAAAGCCUUUGGCUUUGAUCCAGAUUGAGGAGUGUGCUAUUCAAGAUUUAUUAAUCCACUAUGAAGCUUUUGACAACCCUGACGAAUUUGUGACUGUUGAAAGGGCUUCACAGGGACCUAUAGCAACACCUAUGUGGAACAAGCACUAAUUUUCACUGUUCACAGUCCUUAUUAUUUGUGCACUUCUGAAGGCUUAUUUCUCCAUACAGGUAGAACUGGACUGGAAGAGCAGGAAUCUUGUGAAUUCAACAUCAGCGUUAAAAAAACUGCACAUAAUCUAUAGACAUUUGGUAGAGAGAAUGGAAAUAACUUGUCCACACUGUGUCCAUUACCUGCAAUAUAUAUUGUAUGUAUGUUUUGAGAAAAUUUCUUUAACAAGCCCUAUUCUUAGUAAUGUUACAUGAAGUUGUAGAUUGGAAAUGCAUUUGCUUAUCUUAAGUAAGAGGGGUUUUUUUUGUGUGUUAAAUUCACAGGUGGUUGAAAAACAAAUGCUUAUUUUGUGAUUUAAUGUGAAAUUGAGUGUGCAGAAUUAUGCAUCUUUAAAGGUUAUGUUCUUCAGAAGUUACUAGCAAAUUAGGAAUAUCCCCCAAAGUUUGCGUUUAGACUUUAUGUAAAAGCACAGUCUGAUCAUGCAGUUUUCCUUAACUUAUGUAUGUAAGUACUGGUUCUCUGUUGUGACCAGUAUUUUUGACUGUCAUGCUCCACAGUGAAUCUCUAUGCUGUACCUAAGUGCUCUGCUGUUGCCUGCUCUCAGUUCAGUUGUGCAUGUUUUUCACUGUUGUGAGACUGGCCUUUGAGCAGCCAGCUCUGUUGUGAAGUAAAGGACACAGUUGAAUAGGAUAUGGUGGCACUUAGUUAGCUCAUCUAUAGGCUUAUUUUGAUAAAUAUGGUACAGUAUAAGAACCACUGUGAUUAAGGUACAAUUUACUUGAAGUGCUGAGGAAAUAUAAAAUCUGUAUGUUCGUUGCUAAAGCUAUAGGGGUGAAUGCUUAAUUGUGGAAUUUGCAAACACCUACCCUGCAAAGAUUAUCAUAAGUGGCUUUCAGUAUUGUGUGUUCCAAAGUUCUCUGUGCCUGGUUCCUUUCAACAAAUUUAUAAAAAAAUGAGUAGCCUUAUCUACAGUAUUCUGUCUAGUUUGUCUGUUUGUAUAGCUGUGUUUGAACUUGAACUUUUUUGAUAGUGUUGGUACUUACAAACUGAAAAACUGGAAUUGAGAGAGCCACAGAAGAUGAAUGUAUGGAAUUGAUCACUGUGCGAUAAAAGAUCUGAAUUUUGGAAAAAGCUGUGUAGUUAUGACUACCGGUUUCAGGUUGAGCUACACCAACUUCCCACUCUCCCAAUUGUAAACAAAUGCAAUAAAACAUAAAAUCUUGAUUUACACAAAGUUAGUAUACUUUUAUAUGCUGUUUAUGUAUAAUCAGCACUUUUGGUAACUGGAGUAAUUAACUAAACUAAUCUAAAAGUAUUUCUUUUAUGUAUAUAAAACAUGAACUGUAGGCAUUUAGAAGCUACGCAUACAAAGGAGGAUUACUUACAUAGAUUUUAAUUCUAUUUUAAGUUCUACUGGUGAUUAAUUUAAUAUACUGAUGAGAGUACUUUAAGUGCUUUAUUUGAUUCUGGUAGGGCCUUAGGGCCUUCUGAAACUCCUCUUGAAUUAAAGGAAAGCCUGUGUACAGUGAGAAAUAGCUUUAAAAGCAGUGGGCUUUUUCAUGUUAUUAUCCUAGUCUGUUUUCAAAUAUAAAAUUACUUUAAUGAUGCUAAUGUACAUUUUUAAACAUUUUUCAAAAUUGCUUUUGGUAUGCUGUUUAAAAUGUCAUUCACUUGUCAUUAUAUGAGGACUCAUGCUUCUGCACUGUGCUUCUGCACUGCAGAAGAGGUUGACUGCUUUUAAGCUCUGGGUUUAUUGGAGCAGUUUAUGCAUUGUUACUGGUUAUACUUAUAUACACGUUAAAAAGAGCAAUUAUAAGUAUACCUUUCAGAAAUUGAAAAUGCUUCAAACUGUUUUGUGCUAAAGCAGCUUAAAUUUAAGGGUAAAAUAUGUCAUAAAGCUGUGUAAAAUUAGAGACUGUGUUUUUAACUUUAAAACUUGAAAACAGAGUUCAGAAGUUUUGAAACAUACUUCAAAAAUUUAAGAUUAUAAUGGAAUUACAAACAAAAAUCUCUAACUCAUUUGAUAUACUCUUGGGACAGCUUAUUGCACAUAUGAAAAUCUAAAUAAAACCCACAAAAAGACA